AGGUGGUCAUGCAUACGAAGUGCACCGCUGAUCAGUCGCAUGGAUUAUUGGAUUGAGGAGAGUUUUGGCCCGGUCGAGCGUGUUCUGUUCCCUGCGUUUAGUACGGCCUGAACCACAUGUUGGAGGCAGCCACAAAAGCGACUCUGCGAUAAAAGGAUAAAGUAUUACUAUGUGCUAGGGAAUCUCGGUGUUUUCCUUUUUGCCAUCUGUAAAAUUGCUACUUUGUUGACGCUCUGGAGCUGAAACCCCGUUGAUUCCUCCUUCUCAGCAGCAAUGGCAAACCUGAAGCUGGAAGACAUCCUCCGUGUUCGACCCAUCUCCCUGUUCUUGGUUGCGCCAUUUAUUCUCUUCACUUCCAAAAUCGCUGUCCAGGUCAUCUACAACCUCUAUUUUCACCCCUUACGAAAGUUCCCAGGUCCGAAACUAUGGGCUACAAGCGAGCUUCCGCGCGCCGUCCUGCGCUUGAAGGGAACGGAGUUGUGGGAACGAUUAGAGGCUCACAAGAAGUAUGGGAAGGUAGUUCGCAUUUCGCCAAACGAUCUCUCCUGGAUUGAUGAAGGUAUCUGGAAGGACGUUUUUGCGCAUCGACAAGGUCAUGAUGAGUUCAUGAAAGACAUCAGCGAUAGAACUAUGCAGCCUAAUGGCUACACUGGAAUCCUGAUGGCGGAUAGAGAAAACCAUUCAAGAUACCGGAGAUUACUCUCGUACGCCUUUUCGGAGAAGGGAAUGAAGGAACAGCAGCCACACAUCAUCAAAUAUGUCGACUUGUUGAUGAAAGAUCUCAAAGGCAUUGCUGGAGAUGGCCCACUGGAUUUGGUCCAGUGGUUUAAUUUCACAACCUUUGAUAUUAUUGGCAAGUUGGCCUUUGGCGAGGACUUUGGCUGCCUCAGAGAAGGGAAAGUGCAUCCAUGGAUUGAGAUGAUCUUUGGGAAUCUCAAGAGUCUAGUUAUCAUAUCGUGUAUGAGGCGGCUAGGAUUUGAAUGGCUGCUUCCGUACCUGGCAACAAAGAAACAGAUGAUUGGACGCAUAUACAAUUACAAUUUCGCAAAAAGCAUGAUUGACGAACGCGUGAAGCGGGGAUCUGACCAAAAGGACUUUUGGGACAAUGUGCUCAAGCACUCCGACAAGAAAACCGGCAUGAACCAGGAUGAGAUGGUGUCUAACUCUUCAAACCUGGUGCUUGCAGGAUCUGAGACCACGGCCACAUUGCUUUCCGGUUGCAUAUAUCAGCUGUGCAAAAACCCAGAGACGUUGAAGAAGGCCACACAAGAGAUUCGCACCGCGUUCUCAUCCGAUGCCGAGAUCGAUCUGUUCUCAACCGGACAACUUAAGUAUACACUGGCAGUCCUCGAAGAGACAAUGCGCAUCUACUCGCCUGUGCCCUCCCAAUCCAACCGCACUGUACCAGCCGGAGGAGACACGGUUCUGGGCUAUUUUCUUCCCGGCGGCACGGUAAUUAGCUUUUCGCAGCACAUUGCAAAUCACUAUCCGCCAUACUGGACUGAACCGGAAAAGUUCUUGCCCGAACGCUUCCUAGGCGAUGAAAAAUUCAAAAACGACAACUUUGCAGUUAUGCAGCCGUUCAGCGUAGGCUCUAGAAACUGUAUCGGUAGAAACCUCGCAUACUCUGAGAUGCGGCUGAUACUAGCGAGAUUCUUGUGGAAUUUCGACGUGCGUCUGGAUGAUAAAAUGAUGGAAGGCAAAGAAUGGACAGAUCAAAAGACCUACAUCCUAUGGGAGAAACAUCCUCUAUGGGCCAAACUUACCCCAGUCCACUGAUCGGUGAAACUCACUGGCAUCAAAAACUCACCUUAUCCGUCGUACUUGUCAUAAUCUAAAAAAGCGAUUUUCUAUCAUCUAGUAUCUCUCGCCUUGUUCAGGUUCAUGUCACGCCGUCUUGGUAGGAUCAAGUCUGGCAAGCCAGGCGUUGGUGCUUCGAGGCGACCCACAUGCUAGAGGUGAGACCAUAGUCAGUCAUUCUAUUUGUGUUAUCAUCCCUGCUCAGCAUGGGUCAAGCUGUUCUGGUGC